AGAAUAUUGAAUUGAAGGAUUCGCUUUGCGCAUUUGGUUUUCGUCUUCAGGAUUUUCAGCAAUCAUUAGAUACACAGUAAAUUCAGAACCUUGAAAGCUAGUAGAAUGAACUAGGAACAACAAGUUUAAGUUUGAUUUCUGUAGAACAAAAGAUUUUUUCUACAAGUGAAAUUUUAUACAUCAUAAAUAAAUAGAUUUUACACCUUCAGCCUUGCAUCAGGUAGCUAAACUUGACACGUUGGCUUCUAGCAAAUUGAUUUCUUAUUUGAGCGUAAAAUUAAUUUCAACAUCAAGAGUUAUGUACUCGAGAUUUUUUUUUUUCUUCUACAGCUAAUAUAAAGGAGCGCUGGGACCUUUAUAUCAAUACAGACGUUGUUCCAUACUUGCGCUUCAACACAACAGCUUCUAAAUCGUUUGUUAUAUUACUCAUAUAGGCAAAAACAUAUUCUUUCUUUUAUCUAAUUUUUUAUUAUUUCUUUCCAAAAUUAACAUAUUCCGCUCAUUUUACUACCGUUUGCUUAAUAUAUGGACGUCGACGAACUCUUCAGGAAACAUACAGGCUCCUUCCAUCAUGUGAAAAAUCAGCUAUUACAAGGUCAACUAGAGCUGAACUAUUAUUUAGCAAAAGCUUCUAAUAUUGUACACGGUUUACAAACAGAUAUAUUAGGGAGGACACGGUUAGAAGCUGCGAACCAUGUAAACAAAACAUCGUUGCACGAAAAUUAUGAGCAUAAAAGCGAUGAGAAUACAAAACAAGUCAAGCAGCUUAAAGAAAUAAACAAAUCUUUACUUUCUGAUAUUUCGCAACUGAAAAACAGAAUAUCCUCUCUGGAAUCAGACAUAGCACAAAAUCUAGAAGACAUGACUACAUUGCGUAAACAACAUCAGGAACAUUUGAAGCAGGGAGUUUCUCCCGAAAAAAGUUCUCACUUUGAACACGCCGAGUGCAAAACUCCCAACCUGUCCGCUGACAAUGCUACCGUAUCAUCGUCAAAUACAGAACAAAUUACUCGUUUUCAUCAUACAAUUACAGACCUGAAAAAGACGCUCAAAGAAAAAGAUUCCGAUUUAAACAAACUUCAUAGUGCCGUUGCAGCUAAAGAAUCUGAGUUAAAUAGAUGGAAGAUCAAAAUGGAAACGGAAGAAUCAAAUUGGAAAGUUAGGCUGCAAGUAUUGGAAUCGAAAGUUGCAACUCAGAGUAAGAAACUCAGAAAAAACGAAGGAAAAGGAAGGAAAAGUACCGUUAAUACUCUUAGUCUUACUUCACCUGCCGAAUCUUCGUUAAGUCCGAUUUCGAAAAAUACUCAAAAAAAAUCACCCUUUCGUGUUACACCUUACCUUCAGAGAACAUCAGCCAUAAUAGGUAUACCAUCUAGCCCUACUCAUGCAUCACCUACUGUCAGAUCCGGUAGGACAACGACUACCCAGACUCCUACAAAAGAAACCUCCUUGACUGAAAGUACGAAUAAACUCACAGAACAUCAUAACGCGGAUAGUGGAAAUGCGAUAGAAAAUUCAGCAUGCUCGCAGCGACUGACUUCUCUUACUCCUUCCAAAAUACCUUUACCCGUUAGAAAAAAGAGAAAGUUUGAGACGGAUAUUGCGAAAUUUGAAGAACCUGAAGAAUCCGAUACAAGUAUGACUAUGGAGGUUCCACUUCAAACAAAGGUUACUUUACCCCGAACAAUAAGCCCGCCAAAGGCAAGAUCAGAAACACUUGUUGCUCUAAAGGAUAAGUUUAAGAUUAAAAAAGGUAUAUAAAUUACGUUAACGUUUUUGUUUGAUAAAAAAAUCCACGAUUCUAAUAUUGUCUUAAUUAUAAUAUAAUGAUCAUGAAAUUAAUACUUUAUUGUGAUUGCUUUUCAUUUCAUUAAAUUAAUCGUUAAGAAAUCAUCAUGAAUACAUGCUCUUAUGUCUUAUGUUACUAGACUCUCGUUGUCGCUAUCCCAUUCCUCCAUGAUCCCUGCGCUUUCGCCAAGUUGCUGCACCAGUCGUAGACCACACAGUUCUUCAAUGUAAUUGCAAUCAUUAAUAGCCUGUAAAACAAAAUCCCACUUUCGUUUCUCCCAUUCACUUAUUACAUACUCGCUACAAGCGGAACAUUGCUGGUAGGCCUUACCAGAUAUCUUCAGUAAACUAAAGUCAUGCAGGAAACCACGAAUUUGAUGAGGCAAUUCGCCCAAGACCGUAGUUUCCGUGUUGGAGACAGGGGCAGCGACACUAAAAAAUGUUAAUGUUACAAGUUAGAUGCCUUUUAACAUACCCAUUGGGAUGCUGUAGCAGACUAACAAACAGUUCUACAGCUAUUGCAGUUGCAAUGUUGGUGCAUCCUGCGCGUGUUACUGUACACGUUUGAUCCAAGGUUCUAUCAACCACAGAAUUGGAUGGAGCAAAUACAUCAUUGCAAAAAUAGCAACCAAGGCGAUUUUCUCCUUGUGACAAGCUACCAUGUCUCAUAACAACCCAGCUAUCAAAUCCUAGCGCCGAAUUAAUUAAAAUCUUGUUCAUUGAUGUUGCCAUGACCGUUGGAAGCCAGCGUGAUUCCCUCGUAUCUGUCAAUAAGAAAAUAGCAUCGUGACUCG